AUGUGACUCACCCUCUUUCCUCGCCGCUUUCAUUCCAUUACUUGCCACAAGAAGAAGAGGAGAAAGAAAGAGUUUGAUAAACACAGAAUGAAGAAACUGAAACACUACUACGGUCAACAACACUCAUCCUCAGCAGAACAACGCAAAUGGGUAUUCCCAGUAAUAGCCACUGCCUCACUCCUCUCUCUCUUCUCACUCCUUCUCUUAGUACCAACACUAACCUCACCCCAAGCAGCACGCAUUCUUCCAUUCUCUCUCUCCACCGCCGCCACCACCACCACUCUCUCUUCCCUCUUCGUCGAAUCCAAACUCCACUCUCUCCCCCUCCCUUCCCAUUCCCCCCACCCUCCCAUCCUCGCCUACCUCAUCUCCGGCUCCGCCGGCCACGCCGCCGCACUCCAACGUACCCUCGCCGCCCUCUACCACCCCCGCAACCGCUACAUCCUCCACCUCGACCUCGAGUCCUCCCUCGAGGAACGACGCAACCUCAAGCGCCACGUGGAUGGCCACGUCACCUUCCGAACAUUCGGGAACGUUAGGAUGGUUAGCAAGGCCAAUCUUGUCACCUACCGUGGCCCCACUAUGGUGGCUAAUACACUUCACGCCGCUGCUAUUGCGUUAACGGAAUUUAACGAUUGGGACUGGUUCAUUAACCUCAGUGCUUCCGAUUACCCCCUCGUUACCCAAGAUGAUCUGCUGCACGCGUUUUCCAAUUUGCCACGCGAUCUUAAUUUUAUUGAUCAUACGAGUGACAUUGGGUGGAAAGAUCAUCAACGUGCGAGGCCAAUAAUUAUUGAUCCUGGGUUGUAUAUGACUAAGAAACAAGACGUGUUUUGGAUUACACAGAGGAGAAGUAGGCCAACGGCCUUCAAACUUUUCACAGGUUCGGCUUGGAUGGCACUAUCAAGAUCUUUCAUUGAUUACUGCAUAUGGGGAUGGGACAACCUACCUCGUACGGUUCUCAUGUACUAUACAAAUUUCAUAUCUUCCCCUGAAGGGUACUUCCACACUGUCAUUUGUAAUGCUCAAGAGUUCAGGAACACAACAGUUAACAGCGAUCUUCACUUCAUUUCCUGGGACAACCCCCCCAAGCAACAUCCCCACUACCUUGGUCUCGCUGACAUGAAAAGAAUGGUUGACAGCAGCGCUCCCUUUGCAAGGAAGUUCCAUGAAAAUGAUCCAGUAUUGGACAAAAUCGAUGCAGAACUAUUAUCGAGAGGUCCUGGGAUGGUUGUUCCCGGUGGCUGGUGCAUAGGAAGCAGAGAGAAUGGUAGUGAUCCUUGUUCUGUAAUUGGUAAUACUACUGUUCUCAGGCCAGGCCCAGGUUCAAAAAGGCUUGAAAAUUUAUUCACCUCAUUGUUAUCAGAUGAAAAUUUUCGACCAAAGCAAUGUGUGUGACAAGAACUAACUGCCACUUUCUUUGUUUUUUUUAUUGGCAAAUUUAGUUAGCACGAUCAGGGAAUUAAUGUGUCUAUUUAGUAGGAAAAAAGAUGGUAAAUAUUGAGAGUGUAACGUCAUAUUCUGUUAUUGAGAAAAAAGGAGGCAAAUUUGGUGGACUGAUAUUGACUGCAGAGCUGAAUCACAUUAUGCAACAGCAAUAUUAUGACAUGAAUGACACAACUGAUUCUGUAGCCACUCGUUAACCACUGAUUCACUGAAUAAUGUUUGGUGCGCGUCACCUCACUUUGGUGUGAGGUAAUUUAAGGUGUGUGGAAAGAAAGAGCUGAAAGUAGACGUGAAA